AGAGUUACCCGAACCGGAGGAGAAUGCCGAUUGCAGCGUCGAAUCUGGUGCAAGUGGAGGUCAAAAGAAUUUGUCUGAUAGGAUUGGUUGUUUGGAGGCGAAGCAGAAACUCUCCGAGGCCGCUCCGUGCGUCCAAUCGAGCGUCAGCGUGCGAAGCGUCAAGUCGGACGUGGACGAAAAGUACCCGGAGAAUUGGUCGCGCGAUUCCCUCAUCGAUCUGAACACCGUCGUCAAUUUACCUCCGGUUCCCGAAGACAUCUUCACUUGCUUCUCCAAUAAACCGACGAGGACGUCGAGUUUGUCCAGUCUGAAGGGAAUGCGCAAGGUGAAGCUGUUUCUGCAGAGGGCCGCAAACAAUUCCGAUGAUGAGGACAGCUCGGACUUUGAUGAGCACGAUCCGGUGGGCGACGGCGAGGAUAAGUGCACCAAUUCAACGAAGAAACUUCUUCUGGGCAACAUCAAAGAGGAGACGCAACAGGAUUGAGGCUAUUUUUAGAUCGAAGACAGCUAAAUUGAUAAGGGGUUGUUGGCAGAAGUGGUUGAAAGAAAUUGGACAUGGAUGAUGAAUGUAAUUUUCGUCCGUCGGGAUUUCUCUCUUUCUCCUUUCGUUUUCAUGGAUCAAUAGAUUAUUUUCCAGACAUUCACACCCUCCUCUUUUCAUGGAAACUCAACUUUUGUGGACAAAGAACUUCCUAAUGUCUUGUU